AUUUCCCAACCCAAUAAGAAAAAAUAUCUUCUUCUUCUUCACCUUAACACAGAGCAAAAAAAAAAAUGGCGUCCAUAGCUGGUGUUAGUAUCACAACCCCAAGAAUUUCAUCCGAUUCCCCUAAAAUUCAACCGUUGAAAUUCCCAACCCUAAACAGUCCAUGGAAGAAAUCAGGUCAAUUCAGUUACGGGAGGAUGUAUGUAGUAGUACCCAGAGUAGUUCCGGAUAAGAAGCUAUCUGAUUUAGUUGCGGAAAGUGUAAAAGAAGCUGAAGAAGCUUGUGCGGAGGAUCCGGUGAGCGGUGAGUGUAAGGCGGCGUGGGAUGUGGUGGAAGAGACGAGUGCGGCGGCGAGCCAUGCGAGGGAUAGGAAGAAGGAAUCAGAUGUGCUGGAGAAUUAUUGUAAGGAUAAUCCAGAAACGGAUGAAUGCCGCACUUAUGAUAACUGAUUAUGAUUAUGAUUAUGAUGAUAGUAGCUACUCAUGUGUUGUGUUUUUUUUCAAAUGGUAAUUUGAUACUCUGUUUUAUCAAUAUUGCAAAACUUAAUCUUCUCUUAUGUAUGGUGUGUUUAAUUAUACCAAACGAGUUUUAAUUUAUGCGAUAUAGUUUGAAUGAA